AGUAUAAUAGAGAUAGAUAGAGAUGUACGCAACAAAAAAAAAACCUCUCCCAACUCUGCGACGCCGUUUCCCUCAGCCCUGUUUCUGACCUAACCUCUCCCAACUCGGUUUUUCUUUUCGGAAUGGAGAACGAUGAUGAAUUCUACCGUCGAAAGCCAAGAGAGAAACGAAGAGAGUAUGAAGAUGAUGACGAGUAUUCAGGUAGAAAGCGAAGAAAAUACAGUGAUUUAUCGAAGAAACAGGACUUCAUAAUUUUCGUUCCUGCUCUAAAUUCGAUGAAUGUUGAUGAUAAUUUGAAAGAAAAAGAUAAGAAUUUUGGUUGCGAUAAAUCUGAUGAGAAUGAUAAUUGUGAUGAUGAUGAUUUUUUGCCUACUGAGUUUGGGAAGAAGAUUAAGGAGGGAGCAAUGAGGAGGGAGAAGGAGAGAUUGGAGGCGCAGAAGCAGAAGGCUGCUGGUCUAGGUCAGGGGGUAUCUCUGGAUUUUGGGGCUUUUGAGAAUCAUACAAAAGCAAUUGGAAGUAAGCUGCUGGCGAAGAUGGGUUAUAAAUUUGGUGGUGGUCUUGGGACGAAUCAGCAGGGUAUAUUGAAUCCUAUUGAGUCUAUGAAACCUGAUAUUUUGAAUGGAUCUGAUGAAUCGAAGAAGACUACAACGCCGUUGCCUACUUUGCAGACGGAAAAGAAGAAUGCACCGGUAGGAGAUGUGCAGCCUACAGAUGCAAGUUUGUGGUUAAAGCAGUGGAAGAAGAAGAAGAAGAAAAAAGAAGAAGAGUAUGUAACUGCUGAAGAUUUGUUGGCAAGCAAACAAGAAGAAGAUUCAGAGGUUGUUCAGAAAAUUUAUGAUAUGCGGGGCCCACAGGUACGCGUGUAUACAAAUUUGUCUGAUUUGAAUGCUGAGGAGAAAGCAAAGGAAGAGUUUGUCCCAAUGCCUGAGCUUCAGCAUAACGUAGCACUAUUAGUUCGGUUGGCUGAGGCUGACAUCCAAAAGAUAGAUAGUGAUUUGAGGAAAGAGAGGGAUAUAGCACUUAGCUUGAAAAAAGAAAAAGAGAACUUGGAAGCUGAGGCAUCAUUUCAAAAGAAUCAGCUGGAUAAUUAUGAGAAAAUAAUGAAUGUGCUGGACCGAGUUGGAGAAGAGAACACCAUAGGAACAUUAACACUGGACUCCCUUGCUCAAUGCUCUAGUGACAUGCACAAAAGAUAUCCUGAGGACUAUAAGUUGUGUAACUUGUCAUGCAUUGCUUGUUCAUAUGCUCUACCUUUGUUUAUCAGAGUGUUCCAAGGAUGGGAUCCUCUUCGAAAUCCUUCUCAUGGUUUGAAGUUGGUAUCACAGUGGAAGGAAUUGCUUCAAGGUGAUGAUUGUUUUGAUAUUUGGAACACGUCGUCACCUUAUACUCACUUGGUUUCAGAGGUUGUAUUACCAGCUGUUAGAAUAUCUGGUAUCAAUACCUGGCAUGCAAGGGAUCCUGAGCCGAUGCUAAGGUUUUUGGAGUCAUGGGAAAAAUUACUUCCUUCUUCAGUUCUUGCUACUAUAUUAGACACCAUAGUCAUGCCAAAACUAUCAAGUGCAGUUGGUACUUGGGAACCACAUCAUGAGACCAUUCCUAUCCACACAUGGGUGCAUCCAUGGCUACCCAUGCUAGGGCACAAAUUGGAGGGUAUCUACCAGACGAUUCGUUUCAAAUUGAGUACUGUUCUUGAUGCGUGGCAUCCGAGUGAUGGUUCUGCAUAUGCCAUAUUGUCCCCUUGGAAGACUGUAUUUGAUUCUGAUAGUUGGCAACAACUUAUGCACCGUUAUAUUGUACCAAAGCUGAAGGCUGUAUUUGUAUCGGAUGACUUUCAAGUGAACCCGGCAAGUCAGAAACUUGAUCAGUUUUAUUGGGUAAUGAACUGGGCUUCAGUUAUCCCAGUUCAUCUGAUGGUUGACACGAUGGAUAUCUUCUUUACCAAGUGGCUUACAGUUUUGUAUCGUUGGUUGUGCUCAAAUCCUAACUUUAAUGAAGUUUUGAGAUGGUUUUUGGGCUGGAAAGAACUUAUUCCAAAAGAACUUUUGGCAAAUGAACUUAUUCGAUGCAAGCUCAAUUGCGGUCUUGUUAUGAUGAACCAGGCUGCUGAAGGCAUGGAGGUUGUGCAACCUGGUUUGAAGGAGAAGAUAAGCUAUUAUACCAGGGUAAGUGAGCAGAGGAAAUUUGAGACUCAUCAAAAAGCAGAAGCCUAUAUCAGUGCAGAUGGUGCGAAUGAAAUGAGCAUGAAAGAAAUCAUUGAAGCCUAUGCUCGGGAUCAUGGUUUACUGUUCAAACUUAAACCUGGUAGAAUGCAUAAUGGCCAUCAAAUAUAUGGGUUUGGCAAUGUCAGCAUAAUAAUUGAUUCUCUAAAUCAAAAGGUCUAUGCCCAAAAUGAGGAGAGAUGGUCUUUAGAAACUCUUGGGCGAUUGCUAGAGUUACAUAAUAGAUCUCUUAGUAAAAGACGCUGAAUUCUGUGUUGGUUAUGUGAAGUAACAUCUCAAUUCUCAGGUACUCUAUUUCUUUAGAGUUUUUUUUGUAUGACUUAUUUUCUCUUGAUUUGUUGGCUAAGGAUAUUGUAGUUUUCCUAUGUUUUGUCUCAAUAUCCAAAACAUUGUGAAAUUAUAUUCAGAUAAUACACUCCAUAUAUGAGCUUAUAGUAAUGAAGAUAUUAUAUAGGCUGCUAUGGAGUCAACAUCAAGACUAUGUAUCUAAUCUAAUUAUAAAUAAUAAUAAAUCGAGAUUUAAAUAUGCAAAUCAUCCAUCUAAAUAUCAUCAGAGACAUUUAGAAAAUUUUAUUCUGUAAACUAUCAUCCAUAAGUAUAUGUUUGAUAUAUGGGUCCAAUUCGUGUCAAAGUUUUUAAAGUAUCAUGAAGAUGAUUCACCGGGUUAUUCAUUUGCAUUUGAUUUGCAUAAACUGGUAGGGAUGAAUCGAAUACAACAUUUUGAAAAAUUUAUAUGAAGUCACCAUCAUUGUCGUCAUCAUCUUCAUCUUCUUGUUCUUGAUCUCCUACACAAGAUCUAACCAUUUUUAGGUUCAAAUUAUGAUAUAUUUAUGGUUAAAUUAAUGGCAAGAAGAUAAUUAUUCACUUUAUAAAGUGAGAGAUAAUGACUACAAUACAUAAGUAUCAUUACCAUCCUUAUUUUAUUUAUAUAUUUGAACAUUGACAUGAUACAUGUUUGAAUGCAUGCAAAUUAAAUGUCAAGAGGGUAGAAAAUUAUUCCAUAAAUUCAACGUAAGUGUUUUGACCUUUUUAAUUUAUGAGUAUACAGUUAAUUUCAUAAGUGUUAAAUUUCCUUAUGCUAGCAUAAUUUCGAUAAGCAAGUCAUUAGUCUCAAGUGGUUAAUGACCUUCACCAAAAAGGACGAAUUUCGGGAGAACUCAGGUUCAAUUCCUGGGUGGAACAAUUUUUUAGCCGGACUUUACUUACCUCGCGGCCGAACUCUGGACUAUUAGGAACUCUUUUCCCUAGGAACUAGAGGGUUAUAAACCAAAAAAAACCCAAAUCGUUAUUUUUAUGUAAAUGUCAAGAAAUUUGUCUGUAUGAAAA